AUGUCUGCCGAUCCUGUUGGCGCAGGUGUGGCCUCCGCUAGCCCGCCGUCCACUAUGGCUACCACCACUGUCAAAGUCGACGGCAUGACCUGCGGAGCCUGCACUUCUGCUGUCGAGGGCGCUUUCAAGGGUGUGGAAGGGGUUGAAGAGAUCUCCGUGAGCUUGAUGAUGGGUCGCGCUGCAGUACAACACGAUCCGUCAAUACUUUCGCCGUCAAAAGUUGCGGAGAUGAUCGAGGACUGCGGGUUCGAUGCGGCGGUCUUAUCGACCGAAGACCAUCUCAAGAGUGGUGUAACUGAUACACAAGAAUCUUCCAGAACAUAUACAUCCAUAACCACCCUCGCGAUCGAAGGCAUGACCUGCGGCGCAUGCACCUCUGCGGUUGAAAGCGGACUGACUGACGUUGCUGGUAUCGACUCGGUCAAUGUGUCGCUGCUCUCAGAGCGAGCGAUGGUGGAACAUAAUGCGGGCGUUAUUACCCCGGAACAAAUUGCGGAGAUCGUUGAAGAUCGAGGAUUUGGAGCGCGAGUGUUGGAAACCAAGGUGUCUGCGGGCCCAGACGAUGAAUCCACUCUCGCCGACAUGAUUGAAGACAAGAGAGGACAUAUGGUGACUACAGUUGCGAUUGAAGGGAUGACUUGCGGCGCUUGUACUUCAAGUGUGGAGAAUGCCUUUGCUGAUGUUGACGGCCUGGUCCAGUUCAACAUCAGUCUUCUCGCCGAGCGCGCAGUGAUCGUACAUGAUCGAUCAAUACUCACUGCUAAGGCUAUAUUGGCACUCAUUGACGAUGCUGGGUUUGAUGCGUCGAUCGUAUCAUCUGAAGCGCAGGAACCGCUCUCAAGGAAAAUCCAGCAGCUCAAUCUCAGUCUCCACGGCCUACGAGAUGCCUCAUCCGCCUCUGCGCUAGAAAACGAUCUUUCUUCCCGGUCCGGAAUCAAGUCCGCGUCUAUCACGUUAUCAAAUUCCCAACUAGCUGUUGCCUUCGAUACGUCUGUGAUUGGCAUUCGGUCUGUGUUUGAUGUGAUUGAGGCUGCUGGGUAUAAUGCGCUGAUCACGGAUUCGGAUGAUAACAAUGCGCAGUUGGAAUCGUUGUCUAAAACGAAGGAAAUCCAGGAAUGGCGACGAGCUUUCAUUGUUUCCGUUUCCUUUGCGGUUCCCGUAUUCUUCAUCAAUAUGCUGAUCCCCAUGUAUAUGCGCCCGAUCGAUUUGGGCCGCUUCCAGCUCUUCCCAGGUCUUUAUCUGGGAGACUUGGUCUGUCUUGCCCUCACCAUCCCAGUACAAUUCGGCAUCGGUCGACGGUUCUAUAUCACUAGUUUCAAAUCUUUAAGGCAUCGAUCCCCGACUAUGGAUGUUCUUGUCAUGCUAGGGACAUCGGCUGCCUUCUUUUACAGUUGUUUCACCAUGGCGAUGGCUAUUUUUAGCGAUUACCACAAACGUCCGAGUACUGUGUUUGAUACUAGCACUAUGCUCAUCACAUUUAUCACAUUGGGAAGAUGGUUGGAGAAUCGCGCCAAAGGACAGACGUCUGCAGCGCUCUCCCGCCUCAUGUCAUUAGCCCCAUCCAUGACUACGAUUUAUGAAGAUCCUAUUGCAGCAGAAAAAGUGGCUGAUGGUUGGGCGUCUCACGAUGCCCAGCCCGCACUGGCCGAGGAUUCAACAAUGAAGCAGAAACUUAUCCCUACGGAAUUGAUUCAAGUCGGGGACAUUGUCAUUCUCCACCCAGGUGACAAGGUGUCUGCUGACGGAAUUGUGAUUCGAGGUGAGAGUUAUGUCGAUGAGAGUAUGAUCACGGGAGAGGCCUUGCCAAUCCACAAGACUAAAGGCAGCCAUGUCAUUGCUGGCACUGUCAACGGCACCAGCGCGGUCGAUUUUAAAGUCACCCGGGCUGGCAAGGAUACCCAGCUAAGUCAGAUCGUCAAAUUGGUUCAGGAUGCACAGACAAGCCGGGCUCCUAUUCAACGCAUGGCAGAUAUUGUGGCUGGCUACUUUGUACCCACUAUUAUCUGUCUUGGCCUCAUUACCUUUUUCGGUUGGAUGUUCCUCAGCCAUAUCCUACCUAAUCCACCCAAGAUCUUCAAUUCUGAAGAGGCGGGUGGUAAGGUGAUGGUUUGCCUGAAGCUAUGUAUUUCGGUGAUCGUCUUCGCAUGUCCCUGUGCUUUGGGUCUUAGCACCCCCACCGCUGUGAUGGUUGGGACUGGUGUUGGUGCCGAAAAUGGAAUAUUAGUCAAGGGUGGCGCUGUACUCGAGGCUGCCACCAAGGUGAAUCACGUUGUCUUUGACAAGACAGGUACAUUGACUACGGGUCGGAUGAGUGUCGCUCAUACCCGGAUUGAACCCCAGUGGACUGCAAAUGAGUGGCGUCGUCAAUUAUGGUGGCUCCUCGUUGGUCUGGGCGAGAUGGGAAGUGAGCACCCAAUCGGACGAGCCAUUUUGUCUGAAGCCAAGACAGAAUCCGGUCAUCCUGGAGAAGAAGGGCUUCCGGGAAGUGUCGGGGACUUUGAUGCCUGCGUUGGCCAGGGAAUCUCAGCAACUGUUGAGCCAUCAACCUCCGCCGAGCGUAUCCGCUACCAAGUCCUUUUGGGUAAUGCAGAAUUCCUUCGUUCAAAGGAUAUCCCCGUGCCCGCAUCGGCAGAUCCCGAAUUAACGGGAGCUGACGACUCCGAGCCUCUGGAGCCUAAGCCUAAUGGCCCUGGAGCCGGUAUCACCCGAAUCCAUGUCGCUAUUGACAAUCGAUACGCAGGAACCAUCUCCCUUCGAGAUAGCCUCAAAGAUAGCGCGGUCGCCGCAGUUGCUGCCUUGCACCGCAUGGGUAUUGCAAUCUCCAUGGUCACGGGUGACACCCUGUCAACAGCGAUCUCGAUCGCAACAGCGGUUGGCAUUCCCACAUCCUCGGUACACGCCUCUGCUUCUCCCUCUGAUAAACGCACAAUCAUCGAUCGCCUGCAGAUGAGCGGAGAGCGCGUCGCGAUGGUCGGGGAUGGCAUCAAUGACUCUCCCGCUCUAGCCACUGCCUCUGUUGGCAUUGCCCUGGCCUCGGGCACUGACGUCGCGAUGGAAGCGGCGGAUAUCGUCUUAAUGCGCCCAGAUGACCUCCUUACCGUACCAGCCAGUCUCUCCUUGUCACGAACCGUCUUCACUCGCAUCAAGAUGAAUCUCGUCUGGGCAUGUCUUUACAACGUCAUUGGUCUCCCCUUCGCUAUGGGCAUCUUCCUACCCUUCACAGGCUUUAUGCUUCCCCCCAUGGCAGCAGGUGCAGCCAUGGCCAUGUCCAGCGUAUCGGUCGUCGUCAGUAGUCUACUCUUGAAGCUCUGGCGUCGCCCCUCUUGGAUGAACAUUGAUCGUCUUGAGAAGGAGGUUGCCUCCGGCGCCAUCUCUACUGCAGCUCACCGACGCCAUGCUCGUAGGGCUAGCUGGUGGUCCCCUGCUACUAUUCUUUCCCCCAACGAUUCACGUUCAGUGCGUCGUUAUGUUGUACAUGCUGCUGCUGCGCUGUGGUCUUUGGUGACCGGCAAGCAGUCCGCUCGAGAAGACGACGGCUAUGUUCCCCUGCAAACGGUUGAACCUGUAUGA